UUCAUCUGCAUCAUGAUGGGCUGCAUGACCGCGCUGUCACUUUUGCUUCUCUUGGGCUCUCUUCUCACGAUAGUCCAGACCGACACAUCCGCAGGCGACACCAAGUUUGCAUUAGAGCUGCUCAGAGCGCUGGCCAGUGACCAGAGUAGUCCGAAUAUCGUAUUCUCGCCAUCGUCAAUCAGGACGGCCCUUGCUUUGGCCUACCUAGGCGCCGAAGGAGUCACUGGAGAGGAGCUAAAGCAGACCCUCUCACUGGAAGGAUCCGACAAGAAUGACGUGGCCCAACGAUUCGCUCAUCUUUUGGCCCAAGAAGAAAAUCAGUCUGAAGAUGACGCUCAGUUCAGCUAUGCCAAUCGUAUCUACGUGGCCGAGCGGUUCAGGCUUAUUCAGGCCUAUCAAGAGUUGGCCGGUAAAUACUUCAACGCAUCAGCCGAGAAUGUGAACUUCGAAGAGAACGUGAAAGUGUCCCAGCAAAUCAAUUCCUGGGUCGAGACGAAGACCCAUGACCAAAUCAAAGACCUCAUCAGCCCCGACUCCCUCAGCUCUGACACUGUCGCCGUCCUGAUUAAUGCAAUCUACUUCAAAGGCAAAUGGGAAAAACCUUUCUCUGAGACCAGGACGGCGGUGCACGACUUUGCGUCGCGAUUUGGAGAAAAAGUCAAAACGUCCUUUAUGUUUCAGUGGGAUUUUUUUAGACACGCCGAGUUGCCCUCCCUGAAGGCCACGGCUUUGGAAAUGCGUUACAAAGGAACGGACAUUGUUUUGCUGAUCAUUCUGCCUUUAGAGGAGCAGGGACUGUAUGCACUCGAGGAGAAGAUUAGUGUUUUGGACCUGAACGAGAUAAGUUCGCAAAUGAGAGAGGCGCACGUGCAGCUGCAGAUGCCCAAAUUUAAACUAGAGUUUGAAGUCUCCCUGCAGCCUGUCCUAGAGCAGCUGGGUAUAAAGACCAUGUUCGGUCCCAAUGCCGACUUUAGUAGCCUUUCCCAGGGCCGUAACAUAAAGAUCUCCGAGGUGAAGCACAAGGCCUUCAUGGAUGUAAACGAGAACGGAACCACGGCCGCUGCUUCCACAUAUGUGGUUGCUACGUCAUAUUCAUCCCACUUAGGGCCAACCAUACCAUUCAUCGUCGAUCAUCCCUUUUUGUUCGCCAUCAAGGACGAGCAUUCUACCUUCUUUCUCGGUCAUGUUAACCGUCCAUAUUAUUAGAAUAUGUAUGUAGCUAUUAGUCCAUGAAAUAAAAGACACCAAACG